UAUUCAAACAUCGACACACGCAUCUUCUGAAAUGGACUCGACGAAGGAAAACAGAAGAAAGCGGCGAUGCGUAACGAGAGGGAAAAGGAUUUACAGGAUGAAGGAAGAAACGAAUACAUAUCUCCCCUCCAAAGACUAAAUAAAAAAUAAAUUUAUCCAAUGGAGGAGGAGGCAACCAAUCCGAAAUAAGCGCCAUCUGAUCUCGUACACUUGGCCCAUAAAGCCAUGGUUUUAGUGCAUCAGUCUUCUUGAAAGCGUGCUAUUUAUCAUCGAUCCUCCGACUCUUCCCCGUUAUCUGUUCUCCGUUUCAAAAAGAUUUCCAAUAGAUAGAUCUUUACUCGCUCGUAUUUCGUCGCAACUGCAGAUAAAAUCAAUUUCUUAUAAGAUGACGGUUUAACGUGACAGAUUGAUGACAGAAUUGUAACAGAAAGAAGAGGCAAAUGUCAAUUAAUAAUUAAAAAGUGCGACGUUCAGAUCGAUAAAGAGAGAAAAAAAUGGAAUCUGUUUCGACGAUUCCACAAUCAAACGAGUCUCUCAACAGUGUUAACGCCGAAGACAAUAUUGAACAACAAUUAGCGAGCACUCGGAGAUUCGUCGCACAGUCACGGACCGCCAACAAAGCGCGAGACUUGAGGAGAGAGGAACAAAUGGAAACCGAUUUAAAACUGUUAAAAUUCUUAACUGAUAAUCAGUUGACGUUGACCCAAGUUAAUGGUCAAAGGAAGCUCGGCCCACCGCCAGGCUGGACUGGACCACCUCCUGGCCCGAAAUGCGAGAUUUUCGUCGGCAGUAUCCCGCGAAAUUAUUACGAACCCGACAUUGUUCACAUAUUCAGUUCAGUAGGAACGAUUUACGAGUUACGCUUGAUGAUGGAGUUCUCUGGCACAAACAGGGGUUACUGUUUUAUCAUGUACACUACCGAAGAGGAGGCAGCUCGUGCUGUUAAAGAAUUGCAUCAUUACGAAAUCUACCCGGGGAAAAGACUCGGUGUUGUUCCAAGUGUCAAUAAUUGUCGGCUGUGUAUUAAUCGCCUCCCUCGAAAUCUCGAUUCUAAAUCCAUCGUCAAGAGAAUUUAUGAGAUGACCGAUGACGUUGAUAAAGUGGCCGUUUAUAGAAACUCUAAUGGCUGCCUUUACUACGUUUUGGUUUCGUAUAAAACUCAUCGAAGCGCUGCCAUGGCGAGGAAAAUACUGGUGCCUGAAUCGAUGUCGCUUUUUAAAAAUUGCGAGGUCAAUAUAGAAUGGGCUAAUGCGAAUAUGACACCUUUCAACGUGUACGAAGAAAGCGGAACGUGCGACGAGGAGGGCAACGUGGAAAUAACGAAAACCUUUAUCGAGCAAAUUAGAGAUAAAAAAGUGGCGGGUCGCAGCGAUAAACGAUCCAACGCGGCGAACAAUCAACGAACGCAAAGAUCAACCGAGCCACCGAUUCAGAAAGGUCGACCGAUAAAAGCCGCGUCGUUCGAUUCUUCAAGAGGUCUCGAUAGUCCAACGGAUCAGUACACGGUUGAAAAGUGCCAAUCGAGAAGUUCGGUUUGCUCCAAUUGCUUGCUGGUGGAGCGCGUGAGGAAGAAGUGCAAAACCAAAGCAGACCUCGGCCAAACGUCCGACGUGAAUGAAAAUCUGAGAUACAGUCUAGAUCACUUUGCUUCGCAAGACAAACUCUUUAAGAACUGCGCGCAACAGGACGAAUCGAGAAUGAUCGUUCCUGCAACUGGUCCGUACUUGUCCUACCUAUAUAGAGGAAAACGCUCGAGGAAUCCAAAGUGGAACGGCCUGCAAAGACGUUCGAACGAGACUUUGGGCAGUAUACAAAAUUUCUCGAGAAACGUCCCUUGCGAUCUGGUGAACAAUUGCAGAGCAGACUGCUCUUGUCAUCGUCAAGGUAGUUUCAAUUCACCGAGGCUAUCUUUGAACGAUUUCCAAUCGGUUAACGGUUGGGACUUGCCCGGCAGUUUCGUGGAAAAUUUCUCUCGAGGCUUGAACAUUACAACCGAGAACGAUACUAAAAAUUGCGUUAACCAAGAGCAGACUAUCUAUAAUAGCGAACACGUCCCCGUAGAAAAUAGCGUUCGCCAGUUGUCGAAUAAUUUCCUGCAUCCUCACCCGUGGAACGAAGCUAACCGCCAACUUGCAAAUUGUUAUCAGUAUAACGGUUGCUGCCAGAAUUUCGCGAUCAGUGCUGCAGAGCAGAAUAACAGAAUGGACUACGUCCAGUAUCCAAGUCAAAAUUUGAUGUACAAUUUACAAAACGUUCGAGAGUUACCGGCGUUUCUCGACGAACCGAGUCGCGGAUAUUUCCCCCAACAGUUUUCGUCGAACGACGUGAAACCGACAGCGAUCGGUUCCUUCCCUCCCGAAUUUCUGCCCACGGAGAAUUAUUAUCGGGAACAACCUGCAAGCGUGUCAGUGAUACCAAACAGAACUGCAUACGAUUACAAGUAUUUGAACCAUCAUCAGAUGAUUAGCAACUCGCUGCAGCGAAAUUACGAUUCCCUCUUGAGUACUACGUUGAACUUUGACGAAAGAUUCGCGUACGAGAAUCGCAUGAAUCCUAUUAACCCGAUGAAAGACACGACGUUCGCAGAACAUAAGUUGCAGUUUGAGGAGAAGUUUCGAAAACUUUGAAGAUUAAUUGCAAAGAACGUCGAUUAUUAUUGUCGAAAGCUAUGCGAGGUAUUCUGAGGUAUUGCCUUGCUUCGUUUGGGUGUCAUUACGCAACAAAGAUAUAUAUAUAUAUAUAUUUAAAACUGUUGCCAGAAAAGAUGUAUUUUCAAACGUAGUUGAAUCCGUGAUAACAUUCGAUAAUAAUGAAACAAUUGGGAUAGAAGAGAAAAUUAUUAUCGAAAUUAAUUUUUAUUGUUUAAUGUUUGGGGUAAUUAUAUGUGUGCGCCAUUGUCGAAUUGGCAGAUUUUUCUAAUCAGUAUUUGAAAGAAAUUAGUGGUUUGUUUCUUUUCUUUUUUUUUUUUUACAAUCACUGAUCUCAACUUUAAAGAUUAAUUAUAAAGAGCACAGAUUAUUGCUGUAGAAAGUGAUGUGAUUAUGAAAUAUUGUUUUGCUUCGUUGGGUGCCAUUAUAUAACGUAGAUAUAUAUAUAUAUUUAGAAAACAUAGAUGUUUGAUGUUGAAUUCAUGCUGAUAUUCUCUGAAAUUCGAUGUUUGUUGGAUUCAUUUAUCUUGGUGAACAGCGAUUCUUGAGUAGAAAUUAGAAUAACUGAAAGAGAAACAAUUUGCGAUCGAUAUUAUAAAUUUAAUGUUCGAGAUAACAGUAUGAUAUCGUGACGUGUGUGCCAUGGUCGAAUUGGGAGAUUUUGCUAAUCAGUAUUUGAAAGAAAUUAAUGAUUUGUCUUUUUUUUUUUUCUUUUUUACAAUCACUGUUCUCAAUCUUGUGAUACAAUUUUGUUUGUUAAGCAUAUAUACUUAGUGAUUCUUUUUGUAACAUGUUCCACGUAAAUAUUGCGUCCACAAUUUUUUUCCCAAAAAAUUUCCACAUUUUAUUGUUCCACUUAAAUAUAGAGUGGAAAAUUUUUAAUUUUAUAAGCUGACGUUCCUAGUGGAUUAAUUUAUCGCUCCAAGAGUUUCUAUUACGUGAUGAAGUAAACUCGUUUUAUACCAAAGAAUAAUUACAAGUUAGCUACUAAUAAUUAUAAGCUAGCUACUAGGCUAAUCGUUGUUUCUUAUUAUUGUAAUCAUAAAAAUCUAUAUCGACAGAGAGAAUCUUUAUAUAAUUUUAUAUUAGCGAUAUGUAGCAUAUACUUCUGUCUUCCGAAGCUGAAUAAAUUGUUAAACUUUUUCGAGCUUCGAUCCUUUGUAUCUUCGUGUUUCCGUGUGUAAUCGCUUAUUGUACAUCAUUCUUCCAAUCAAAUAGCUCGUACAACCGACGUUCAAAGGAAGGCACAAUUUUUAGGCGCAAAUUAUAAUUUAUUAUAAACACUAGAAAUAAUGUUAAGACACAAUGACAUUUUAUGAUACAUACAAAUAUUUUACAAUCGACCAUGACCACGUAACAUUGUUAACAUUUUUUCUCUUGUAAUCAACGACGUUGUCUAAUGAAA